ACUCCGUAGCAUUACGUUGCGCAGCACUGUUACGUUGCCGCCCGCAACCUGCUCUCCUCCUUAUUCCUAAUGCACGCAUUUUCCAGCCUAAUCGUCGAAUGUCGUCUUUUUCAUGAAAUAGACAGCCUAACCAAGAAAAGCCGUUGGUCAAGGGGUCGCAGUUCGCAUUGCAGUGCGCGCGGCGCGGCUUCGAAAAUUACCUUGGACGUUUGAAGCAUUAGAGGAAUCCGUCAUCCAUAUUAGAGGAAGCGGUUUGUGCAUUUUGCACCAGUGGCUGACUGCUUUUUUGACAUAAGAUUGUCGUUACCAUGGCCUCGGCGAUGCGUCAACAGCUCGCAAAUCUUUCUCACUCGGGCGGCUCGCACAAGGAUCAGGCGGAAAAAUACAAAUCCUUUUUGGACGCGAUAAUUACGUCGUCCGGCGAAGAGCUCGCCGAUACUUUGAAAGUAUUUAUCGAAGCAAUUGUCAAUGAGAAUGUUAGUUUGGUUAUAUCUAGGCAAGUGUUGACAGACGUUAGUAAUAGACUACAGUCAUUACCCGAUGAAAUUUCUAAAGCUGUGUCCCACUAUACGCUGGAUAAGGUGCAGCCUAGGGUAAUUUCAUUCGAAGAACAGGUUGCGAAUAUAAGGCAGCACUUAGCCGAUAUAUACGAGCGUAAUCAGAAUUGGCGCGAAGCUGCCAAUGUUCUUGUUGGUAUACCCUUAGAAACUGGGCAAAAGCAAUAUACGGUGGAUUAUAAACUUGAAACGUACCUUAAAAUAGCUAGACUUUACUUAGAGGAUGACGAUCCUAUUCAAGCCGAGGCAUUUAUUAAUAGAGCUUCCUUAUUGCAGGCCGAAUCCAAGAACGAACAUUUGCAAAUUUAUUAUAAAGUCUGUUAUGCACGGGUACUGGAUUAUAGAAGAAAAUUUAUCGAAGCGGCUCAGAGAUACAAUGAAUUAUCGUAUAGGUCAAUUAUUCACGAGGAUGAACGUAUGACCGCUCUCAGAAAUGCUCUUAUUUGUACAGUACUUGCUUCGGCUGGACAGCAAAGGAGUCGUAUGUUAGCAACGUUGUUCAAAGACGAACGAUGCCAACAACUUCCAGCCUAUUCAAUUUUAGAGAAAAUGUAUUUAGAUCGUAUUAUUCGGCGUUCCGAACUUGAAGAAUUCGAGGCACUUUUGCAGCCUCAUCAAAAAGCAUGCACAACCGACGGGCUUGGUUCAACGAUUCUUGAUCGAGCAGUGAUCGAACACAAUUUAUUAUCUGCUAGUAAAUUGUAUAAUAAUAUCACUUUUGAAGAAUUGGGUUCGCUGCUAGAGAUUCCACCAGGGAAAGCUGAAAAAAUUGCGAGUCAAAUGAUAACCGAAGGAAGGAUGAAUGGUUACAUUGAUCAAAUCGAUUCCAUUGUUCACUUUGAAACACGAGAAAGCUUACCUACAUGGGAUAAACAAAUCCAAUCUCUUUGUUACCAAGUGAAUCAAAUUAUUGAGAAAAUUGCUCAAACCGAACCCGAAUGGAUAGCAAAAGCUAUGGAAGAUCAAAUGGUACAUUGAGUAUCUAAGGAACUAAGCUUUUGAUUAAUUCAUAAUUGUUCGACAAGCCUAUAUUUAAUAAUAAUCCAAGUGCAGUACAUACCACCAGUGCCACUUAGUAUUUAAAACGAAUUUAUAAUGUGAAUACAAUAUUAGUAUCAUUAUUU